CGACGGUAGUAGUUGGCGGUUGCGUGGCUGUGCCGAUGCCAGUGCGCCUUUCGCAGCGGAAACUCUGCGUGCUUUUUGGGACGCGUUCCACCGCGUCGAGGUAUUCUGCCCGGCUCGAGGGACAUCGCGGAGACGAGAGAGCGAAGAUCGCUCGGUAUCACCUGGCGGCACCUCCACCACCACCACCACCACCACCAGCAGCUGAUCGCAACCCCGGUGGCUGAUGAGAUAUCCGCGCGUUCGAGCAAGAUGAAACUCGAAGAGAUGGAGCGCGAGAAGACUUUGGGAAGGCUCGCGAGGAGGGACGGAGUGAGCUCGGUCGAGCGAGGAGGGAAUUGAUCGAUCCGAUCGAUCGAUUGCGCGGUCGAGGAUCGAUCGAUAUUUCUGUGGGACGAAGAGGGUGGCCGAGUGGACGGCUGGUGGAGCCGUGUGAGCGUUUGCACGCGGAUGCUGGGUCCGAUUCGUGGUGCGCCGACCAGCAGCCGCGUAUGUGUGUGUGCCGUGUGCACGGGAGAUGUACGACAACGCAUAGACCGUUACCGCGAUACGUCGGUGUCGUGCCGCGCGAUUCUUCGUUGGUUUCGGUGCGCGGUGUUCGUGGCCGAAAGUCUAACGUGCUACACUUGCGUCAACGUCAGCGAUAACCAGAUGUGCAACGAAUGGGCGAUAGAUACACCGUGUCCGGCGGGCGGCCGGGACUUUUGCAGAUCGCUGCACAUUUUGGACAGCCGAGGGAAUAGCGUGUUGGUGAGCAAGAGCUGUGUGAGCAGCGCGGAAUGCGGCCCCGCCUCCGUCGGUUGCAUCCCGGUGGACACGCAGCAGAUCUGCAUAAGUUGCUGCGACCUGAGCUACUGCAACAUCGAGUCGCCGACCAACUCCACCAACGCCAUUUUCUCGCGCAAACGGCGCGCCAAAUCGAAGUCGAAACGCAAACGACCCGGUAGGAACGGGGUCGAGGGCAACCGGUUCUACGGGGGUGGCGGCGCGCUCUGGCUCCUGGCCUCACUCUUCUAUGCAUAUCAUUGCUGAGGAACCAGCAACGCGGAAGAAUUCUAGUUAGAAGACACGCGCACCAGGCAGCUCGGGAAAUGAUCUUUCUUCUUCUCCUACGAGUUUCGCGGGACGUGAAUUGAAAUUAUCUCGCGUUUCCCGCGAGAUCUGUCUGUUUCUCUAGUCGAACGGAACGAUCCUAUAUAUAUAUAUAUAUCCUUGUACAUUCUCUCGACUGAUAGCAUAUCCAUUUUUCCUUUCUUCUUCUUUUUUUUUUUUCAUCAUCAUCAUCAUCUCUACAUUCUCUCGUGUUAUUCGUGAUACUAUCGCGAAGCUUUGGAAAAUCUUUGCCCUAAAGAUUUCCACCGUUUCGUCUAUCCCUAUCGACCACGCGGAAUAAAUUGCGGGAAACGAUAUUAUAUAUCGACGACGAACGAUCGAGUAUUCUUACGGCGUAAGAUAGUGAAAUUAGGAGUCUGUUCGUCUUCUAUUUCCUUCGUUAACCGAUCCGAGUUCCGAUCCCCUAACGAAGGGGAGGAGGGUUUGUCGCUCAGGAUCAAGCUUCCGACAAAUCCUGCGCUGUCUGAAUAGUAUGUAUAGUAUAACCGAGGGCCGAUUCAAAGACUCUCAGUGAUGGAAAAAGGAAUUGUUCUCUUCUCGUAGUAGCGUAGUUGCUAUGCCUUGUUAGAAAACGAAGAAGAAAAAAAAAAAAGAAAAGAAAAGAAAAGAAAAGAAAAGGAAAAAAAGAAAAAAUAAUAAUAAAUAAAUGAAUUAAAAAUGGAACGAAAGAUAUACAUAUAUAUAUAUAUAUAUAUAUACACACACGCGCGCGCGGAAGAAAUUAAGACGUGAAUACGAGUUCAUGGAUUAAACGAUCGAUGAACUUUCAUCGUGUUAUAAUAUACUUUCUACAGAGUUGCAGUGCCAAACGAGAGAAACGAAGAAAAUCAAAUACCUUCCAUGCAACUAAUUUUAACGCACACGGGCAUUUCAUUUUCGAUCGAACAGUGAAUACCGAUACAUAAAAGUGGAAAAGUCCGUAUUGUUUUCGCGUUUUAAAGGCCCUGGUUCGACACGCGGAAUUUCAUUUCGGCUCCUCUCGAGGAGGGGUGGAAGAGGGAAAGGGAGAGAGAGAGAGAGAGAGAGAGA